AUGUCUCCCCUCACGAGCCGCCAGAUCGAGAGCGAGGCCGAGAUCUUGGAGCUGGUUGAACCCCGUGGCAUUCUGGGUCAAGGUAUUGGAGAAUCAUCAACACAUCAACUGCAGGACAAUCCACCGCAAGAUGCUGUCCCGAUCGAAGAUGUACCUCCAAAUGGCGGCUAUGGCUGGGUGUGCACGGCCUGCGUCUUUCUGAUCAAUGCGCAUACAUGGGGACUGAACAGCGCAUGGGGGAUUUUCCUGGCCCAUUACCUCAGUAAUCCUGCCUUUCAAGACGCAUCACAUCUCGAGUAUGCCUUGAUAGGCGGUCUCUCGAUCUCUCAGUCCCUGUUGAGCGCACCGGUCGUGAACAUCUCCACGAGGAGACUCGGCAUAAAGGCCACGCUUCUUAUCGGCACCGUCUUCCUCUUUGUGGCCCUUCUCGGUGCCUCGUAUGCGACCGAGAUAUGGCAUCUCUUCCUGACACAAGGCGUCUGUGCCGGCUGGGCCAUGGGCCUCCUCUACAUCCCGGCGACUGCGGUUCUGCCACAGUGGUUCUCGACCCGUCGGAGUCUGGCGAUGGGAAUUGCGUCUUCGGGAGCUGGGCUGGGAGGGCUGGCGUACAAUCUUGCAGCAGGCCGUAUUGUCCAGAGAUUAGGUAUUGACUGGGCUUAUCGCAUAUUGGCGUUCUGCGGACUCGCCGUCAACGGGGUGUGUUCGCUGCUCCUCAAAGACCGCAACAAAGCCGUUCAACCUCUGCAGACUGCGUUCAACUACCGCGAGUACGCCCGCAUUGAGGUUAUUCUGGUGGUCAUCUGGGGAGUACUUACUGAGCUGGGCUACAUCGUGCUGCUCUACUCCCUGCCCAACUACGCGACGUCUAUCGGUCUCACGGCGGGACAAGGGUCUGUUGUCGGCGCUGUCCUCAACCUUGGCCUUGGAGUUGGCAGACCCGUCAUUGGAUAUUACUCGGAUGCUUUUGGCCGCCUCAACAUGGCGACCAUGAUGACCGCACUAUGUGGCGUUCUCUGCCUCGCCCUAUGGGUGCCCGCGAAAUCGUACGGCGUCCUCAUCGCCUUUGCCCUUGCCGCGGGCUGCGUCUGCGGCAUCUUCUGGAACACUGUCACACCGGUCACCGCUGAAGUGGUAGGGCUCAAAAGACUACCGUCGUCCUUUGGCGUCAUAUGUCUGUCCUUGGUGGUGCCCACAACAUUCGCGGAGCCGAUUGCCCUGGAGAUGGUCGGUGCGUCAGGAUAUCUCAGCUCGCAGAUCUUCGUGGGCUGUAUGUUCCUGCUCGCUGCGGCCAGUACGUGGGUACUCCGGUCGUGGAAGAUCAACCAGGUCGAAUUGAAAGCCGCAAGCGAACAGAGGAUCAGUAAUUCUCCAGCAGCUGUGCAAGACUGGACGGGCCGUGGCCAUUGGCUGACGCCGCAAAAGCUGCUCUGGUUAGGCAGGGUAUGA